GACGUAGAUGAAUUCUUGGUAUCAUUGGGAAAUUUUCUAUCAAUAUAUAAAGCAUUCAUAAAUUUUUUGAAAGAGAAUUUCGUUCUCUAGAGUGGUGAUGAUGCAGAGUUUUGCUCUUAUUGCGACCGUUUUCGUCUUGCACGCUUGGAAAGCAAAUGGAGGUGAUAUUUUUGACUUUGGUCCAGCACUAGGCGACAGCACGGGAGCAAUUUUGUCCUGUAUCAGAAGCAGAGUCUGUGAUUGCGGAGAAGAAAACGAGCUCAGGAAAUGUACAGAUAAGGUCGAAGAUGUGACGUUUCGAAGAUUAAUAGACAAGACGUCACAAUGCAGCGGACUGGAAAAAAGGAUGCGAAAGGACACAAACUGGCUUUGUAAGGGUCCAAAUUCAUGCAUGAGACAAUGUGGAGAACAACUCAUGAAUCAAAUUUUAACUCCUGCUAUAAUACCAGAUUUAACAAAGGACGCUUUACAAGAAUUAACAGUUGAGGAAAGGUUCCGAGAGUUUAGAAGCCUCGCAUUCUUCCCUUGUAUCCUCAAACUUAUAGCAAAAUGCAUCACUGUUCCGGAGCAAUGCUAAAGUAAAGAAAUGAUCAUGCGUUAUUAAGGAUCGAAAUCUACACAAGAAUACGAAAUACAGAAACUUAUACGAAUGCUUUUUUCUGUAACCAUGAUAUGAAAUGCAGCACGAGUACCAGGUUGCACACAGGUACCAAAAAUGGUAAUAUGAAACCUAUGUAAUAUGGCUAAAAAGAAGAUGACAUGACAUUAUCCGGUCAAUGUUUGGAUUCCUUAAAUCAGUUAUUUGCAUCUGAACGAGGAUGGGAACUUGACAAUAAA